UCCGACUUACUCGAGCAUUGUACACAUCUCUAGUUGUUGAGUGUUUUAUUUUCGUGCUAGUAAGUUUAAAAUAAUAAUUUGUACAACAAAAUGGCAUCCGUGCAUUGCCAACUAUGGAUGGGCAGUCUUGAAUCUUAUAUGACGGAGAACUUCAUAAUUGCCGCAUUCCGUAAAAUGGGCGAGGAUCCGACCACUGUACGUUUGAUGCGGAAUAAGUAUACAGGCGAGCCAGCUGGUUACUGCUUUGUCAAUUUCGUCUCAGAUGACCACGCUCUGGAUGCCAUGCACAAGCUUAAUGGCAAGCCAAUACCCGGCACAAACCCUAUAGUGCGUUUUCGCCUUAAUUCUGCCAGUAACUCGUACAAGAUGCCCGGCAGCGAGCGCGAGUUCAGCGUCUGGGUUGGGGAUCUUAGCUCUGACGUAGACGAUUACCAGCUUUACAAGGUGUUCUCCAGCAAAUAUACAUCUAUAAAGACUGCUAAAGUGAUUCUGGACAGUCUAGGCUUCUCUAAGGGCUAUGGAUUUGUGCGUUUCGGUAUCGAGGAUGAACAGAAAUCUGCCUUGUACGAUAUGAAUGGUUAUAUUGGAUUAGGCACCAAGCCCAUCAAGAUUUGCAACGCAGUGCCUAAACCAAAGGCAGAACUAAGCGCCGCUUUAGGCAUGGGUAGUGGUAGUGGCAACGGCACUACCUAUGGUUAUGGUGGCUCGAGUACAACAUCCACAACGCAGGGUACAGAUUACUCGCAGUACUAUGAUCCGAACAGCACUUACUGGCAGGGUUACAAUGCCUGGCAGGGCUAUUAUGAGCAGGGAGCCCCCUCCAUAACGGAUGCCGCUGCCUAUUACCAGCAAGCUAUGUCGCAGUCUCACUCAAAUCCUCAGACAUUAGCGCAACACGCCGAGGCCUGGAGUGCCCAACGCAGUGCUCAGUAUGAACAGCAGCAGCAACAACAGAGCUCAAGCGCCAAUGGAGCAAACGAGGAGGACUACGGACUGGAGGAACAUAAAUUCGUGCUGGAUGUGGAAAAGCUUAAUCGCGAAACUAUAGAUUCAGAUCGUCGGCUAUACGAUGCAUUAGAGAGCUCCAAAUGGUUGCCUAUCGAACAGUUGGAGGUGUUUUAAAGUAUUGAUUGAUUGAUUUAAUUGGCUAAUUAAGAUUAAACAAUUUAAUUUUCAAGUGUA